CGCCGCCGCCACCGCCGCGACGAGGCCCCGCCGGAGCCGGCCUCCGCCCGCCCGCGCCCGCCCGCGCCCCCGCUCGGUCCGCUCUCCCCGCGCCUACCGGCAGAGUCCCCUCGCGGCGGCAGAUGUGUGUGGGGUCAGCCCACGACGGGGACUAUGGUGAAAUUCCCGGCGCUCACGCACUACUGGCCCCUGAUCCGGUUCCUGGUGCCACUGGGCAUCACCAACAUAGCCAUAGACUUCGGGGAGCAGGCCUUGAACCGGGGCAUUGCGGCUGUCAAGGAGGAUGCAGUGGAGAUGCUGGCCAGCUAUGGGCUGGCCUAUUCCCUCAUGAAGUUCUUCACGGGGCCCAUGAGUGACUUUAAGAACGUGGGCCUGGUGUUUGUGAACAGCAAGCGCGACAGGACCAAAGCCGUCCUGUGCAUGGUGGUGGCCGGGGCCAUCGCUGCCAUCUUCCACACCCUGAUCGCUUAUAGUGACUUAGGCUACUACAUCAUCAACAAGCUACACCAUGUGGAUGAGUCGGUGGGGAGCAAAACCAGAAGAGCCUUCCUGUAUCUCGCGGCCUUCCCUUUCAUGGAUGCGAUGGCAUGGACCCAUGCUGGCAUCCUCUUAAAACACAAAUACAGUUUCCUGGUGGGAUGUGCCUCGAUCUCCGAUGUCAUAGCUCAGGUCGUUUUCGUAGCUAUCUUGCUGCACAGUCACCUGGAGUGCAGAGAGCCCCUGCUCAUCCCGAUCCUCUCCCUGUACAUGGGCGCCCUCGUGCGCUGUGCCACCCUGUGCCUGGGCUACUACAGGAACAUCCACGACAUCAUCCCCGACAGGAGCGGGCCGGAGCUCGGGGGAGAUGCAACAAUAAGAAAGAUGCUGAGCUUCUGGUGGCCUUUGGCUCUCAUCUUGGCUACACAGAGAAUCAGUAGGCCUAUUGUCAACCUCUUCGUUUCCCGGGACCUUGGUGGCAGUUCUGCGGCUACGGAGGCAGUGGCAAUCUUGACAGCCACGUACCCCGUGGGGCACAUGCCAUAUGGCUGGUUGACGGAAAUCCGUGCUGUCUACCCUGCUUUUGACAAGAAUAACCCCAGCAAUAAACUGGUGAGCACAAGCAGCACGGUCACAGCGGCCCACAUCAAGAAGUUCACAUUCGUGUGCAUGGCCUUGUCGCUAACGCUCUGCUUCGUGAUGUUCUGGACCCCCAACGUUUCCGAGAAGAUCCUGAUAGACAUCAUCGGAGUGGACUUCGCCUUCGCCGAACUCUGUGUCGUUCCUUUGCGUAUCUUCUCCUUCUUCCCAGUGCCAGUCACUGUGAGAGCCCAUUUCACCGGCUGGCUGAUGACGCUGAAGAAGACCUUCGUCCUGGCCCCCAGCUCCGUGCUGCGCAUCGUCGUCCUCAUCAGCAGCCUCGUGGUCCUGCCCUACCUGGGGGUACACGGAGCCACCCUGGGCGUCGGCUCCCUCCUCGCAGGGUUUGUGGGAGAAUCCACCAUGGUCGCCAUAGCAGCCUGCUACGUCUAUCGGAAACAGAAAAAGAAGAUGGAGAAUGAGUCUGCUGCUGAGGGGGAGGACUCGGCCAUGACGGACAUACCGCCAGCAGAGGAGGGGGCAGACAUCGUGGAAAUGCGAGAGAAUGACUAAGGCACGGGGCGCACGGGCACUGCGGGGACAGCGGUGAUGGGACUGCAGCGUCAUCUCUCCCAUUGCGUUUGUUCCGUCUGGGUUUUGGUAACGAAAGAGGCCUUGAUGUAAAGGUUUCAUGUAAACUCCCUGGCAUACUGGGUAUGCCCACACGCAGGCGGGGACCUAGAGAAGGGUCUCUGCCGUUGCUUUGUACAAACCAACAAAACAGUUGACUUCACGCCCCGCUUCACGAAAACCCGAAAGUCCUAGCUGCCUCGUAGUCCAAGCCGUGCCCCCCGCCCCCCGCCCUCGCACAAUCUCCAUUUGGAACCAAAGGACUGCGGCUGUGCCGACCCUCGCUUCCCGCCCACCAUGGCCCAGCUGGCCACAGACUUCACCCUCUCCCUUUGCAUCGCUCUUAAGAAUUCACAGGUUACAACUUGGCUUCCUUUGAUUGGCUUCGCAGUGACAUGGCUGUACAAAGUGAGGUGACCCUGGUGGCCACCCACCGUGGAGUCCUCGGCUGUCUAGUGCACACGUGCAGAUGGUCAGCGACAGGCCGCAGCCUGCGGUGGCCGUGCUCCCUGAGGAAUGAUCUGACAAGGCGCUGGGCGGACGGCUGGAAUCGAUGUCCUGUAGGAAGGAUGGGGCGGACUGCACGGGAGCAGCCAGCGGGCGUCCCCUUGCCCCUGGACCUGAGUGAGCGCCCCACCCGCCCCGCCCGCCGUGUACAUACCCGAGCUAACUCCUAAAGUGGUCACAGAAGCGUCUCUCCAAAUGUCAGCCACCUUCCGCACGUCUUUCCCUGAAGGCUUGCUUUUCCACUCACUUUUCCUGAAGAUGGCACUAGAGCAAGGGAAAUGGAGCACUCUAACUUUACAUUUUAGUUUUUUUUAAGUGAACUGAAGCUUUAAGUCAUAAUCUAGCAUUCUAAUGCCAGGUUGCCGUAUCGUAACCUUUGAAGUAGAUUUAUUGCCUGGUUCUGCCAUUCUCAGUCAUAACCAUGCGGUACAGGUAAUUCCAGGUGUACUCCCCUCUCACCCACAAGAUAAAAAAGCAAGACAUUUUAUAAACAAUAUCAGAGUCACUAUGUGAUAUUCCCGGAGACGACACAUUUGAAAACCAUUUAGUGCAGUAUAUUUUUCUAAGUUUUGGAAAGCGGGUUUUUUCUUUAAAAAAAAAAAUUAUGGACACAAUUCAGCAAAUUCUUGAUUGCGUCGAAAUUCCUAGACUGAAAGAACCUAGACACAAAAAUAUUUUAAAGAUAUAAAUAUAUACUGUAUAUGUUAUGUAAUUUAUUUUAGGCUAUAAUACAUUUCCUAUUUUCGCAUUUUCAAUAAAAUGUCUCUAAUACAACACA